GGGGGGAGGAGGACGACGUGUCGCGCGGCUGUGACGUCACGGGCGGCGAUGGCGGCAGCGGAGAAGGCGCAGCGCUACGAGGCCUUCGUCAGCGACGUACUGCAGCGCGACCUGAGGCGGGUGCAGGCGCAGCGCGACGACGUCUUCGAGCAACAGGCGCAGGUGCUGCAGCUCCGCACGGCCCUGACGCGCCUCCAGGAGGCUCCGGUCCCGCUGCGCACUCAGGUGGAUCUCGGCUGUAAUUUCUUCGUCACGGCUGAAGUCCCGGACCCCCAGCUGGUGUGUGUGGCUCUGGGUUACGGUUUCUACGCGGAGCUGACGCUGCCGGAGGCUCUGAGACACCUCGAGCGCCGCAGCCGCCUCCUCGAGCGGCUGAGCGAAGCGCUGACACGGGACGGAGCCGAGAUCCGGGCCAGGAUCCGCCUCGUGCUGGAGGGCCUCCGGGAGCUGCAGGGCCUGCAGGAGCCGUCGCCGAGGGAGAGCGGUGUAAAUCUGGAGUGAAGAGGGUGUCAAUCCGGAGUAAAGGGUGUAAACCUGGAGUAAAGAGGGUGUAAAUCUGGAAUAAAGGGUGGAAACGUGGAGUAAAGAGGGUGUAAAUCCGGAGUAGAGGGUGUAAACCUGCAAUAAAGGGUGUAAAUCCGGAAUAAAGGGUGGAAACCUGGAAUAAAGGGUGGAAAUCGGGAAUAAAGAGGGUGUAAAUCCGGAAUAAAGGGUGGAAAUCUGGAAUAGAGAGCCUGA